AUGCGAUUGAAAAAUUCUUCAAUGGCGGAAGAUGCGAAGGAAGGCACUCAACGGUUCUUCGUUCCUCUCCCGUUGUCGGCAGCAAAGAAGAUCAAGGGGAAGAUCCCCCUAAAUCGGGGAAAAGCAACAGCAACAGAUGGCAGUGAAGAGGUUCUCAGUGCCUGUUGUGGAGUCUACAAAAGAAGUUCUAGUUUAGUUAUUCAAUCUCAGUUCUUCAUGGAGCACUUGUUGGGUUUGCUUAGGAUUCAUGUUAACAAAGGCGUAAAUCUCGCUAUUCGAGAUGUCUGUAGCAGUGAUCCUUAUGUCGUUAUUCGAAUGGGUAAACAGAAACUGAAAACUCGAGUGGUGAAGAACAACAUCAAUCCUGUCUGGGAUGAAGCUUUGACGCUGUCUGUAUCGGAGCCUCUCCCUGUCAAACUUGAAGUUUACGAUAGGGAUACGUUUAGCCUCGAUGACAAAAUGGGGGAUGCUGUAUUUGACAUCCAGCCGUUCUUAGAAGCAAUUAAGAUGCGUUUGAAUAAUCUUCCGAACGGAACAAUCAUCACGACUGUUAAACCGACAAGGACCAACUGUUUGUCUGAGGAAAGUCAGAUUAUAUGGACCGAUGGAAAAGCAGUUCAAAAGAUGGUUCUUAGACUGCAGAAUGUUGAAUGUGGGGAGAUUGAGAUUCAACUGUCAUGGAUCGAUAUUCCAGGCUCGAGAGGUCUGAAGUAGAUUAUUGUAAUGUGUUUCACGGUUCUUGUUGCAUGUUUGUAUUGUAAAUUUAUGAAACCAAUUAGCUUGUGUUAGUUUCUCUAUUUUUAUCAAAUAUGUAAGUUUUCUAAGCUAUGUAUAAUGAUAUUGAGAGAC